AUGGACACGAAAAAGAAAGAGUACGAAGAAGAAAUAAGCAGCAUACUGAGAAAAGUAAUGGAAAUCAGUUACCAGAGAAAGAAAAACUCAGAGAACAUCGUCUCUCUUCUGAAAAGCAUCAGACAAGAAGAAGAGCCAGCAACACUCAACAGCGCUCUUUUGAACGAGUACUUUGUGUUGAAAGAAAGAAUUCUUCUGAAUCUAGGAACGAAACAAGAUAAAUAG